CUGCUGUUCUUGGAGCGGCCUGUGGAGGACGUGGUCGUCUCGUGCCUGCUGGGAGGGAAUACCACCACCCUCCACGUCCAAGGACACGCGACACGGCUUCUGCAGGGUCACAGUACAAAGGUGCUCAAGCGUGCC